UUGACAAAGUAUCAAUCAACAUUUGUUCGUUGAAUCAGUAACAAGAUGUUCAAGUUUGUAGCAGUCGUCGCAUUCCUCGCCGUGGCCACCGCGUCACCCGACCCGGCCACCAUCAUCAGUACAGCUCCUUUGGGCUACUCGAAUGGAUUCGCCCCAGGCCUCACCUACACCGCAGCCAGCAACUUCUACAACCCUUCUCCACUGGUCUACUCGUCCCCGGCUUUGGCCUACUCUGCUAACUACGGCUACCCACACUUUAUCAAGAAACGGUCUCUGGUCAACAGCUACUACGCAUCCGCUCCUUUGGCCUACGCAGCUUCUCCCUUGGGUGCCACCUACGCCGCUGCAUCUCUAGCCAGCCCCUACGCCAGCCCCUACACCACCACCUACGGCGCUCCUCUGCUACACUCUAGCUCAGUGUACGCCACUCACUUGAUCAAGAAACGUUCCGCCCCCGUCAUCGUGCCCUCAGCUUCCUACAUCGCAUCAGGAGCCUACCCCGCCUACUCCACAUACUCUGCCGCUGCUCCCAUCUACUCUUCUUCCUACUACUCCUCUCCCUACUACACUGCUUCUCCCUUCGCCUACACUCAAUUCAUCAAGAAGUAAGCGCGUAAACAAAUUGCGCAUUUACAAUAACAUAGGACGUGCAUAAUAAAUACCUUGUUUGAGACCUUUGUACAUUUUUUGAGACGAAUGUGUAAAUAAAAGUCACUGACAAAAUAA